GCGGAUAUGUUGUUCUGGCAAUACGUUAGGAGUAGUGGUUUGUUCUGGGUAGGUUGUACGUAUCAUGGACGACGACGACAAAGCUGUUGAGGAUGUCAUUGUCCCCAUCCUCGCUUGUGCUCUUCAGCUCGGCGAGGAUGCGGUUCGCAUUUUCAACGACAUCUGGAGCAGGCCACCAUGGACGGGGAAGUGUGUGAUAGAUGACAUUUUUGAGUGUGGCAUAGAGGAUGACAGCGCAUCCCGGAAGAGACGUAGGUGUACCAGUUGGCAAUGGCCCGCCAUAGUGAAUGUUUGUGAUGUCAUGCCUCGCAAUCCACCUCGUUGGUGGGUAAUGCGUCGCACAGGUGGUGCGUGGAAGGACCUCGAGGUGACUGACGAUGCUGAAGAUGACUACUACGUCACCCUGUUGCGCAUGCGUAGAUCUAACUUCAACCGCCUUCUUCGUGUGCUCGCACCGCAUCUGGAGAAGCAGGUUACCAGGUGGAGGAAGCCAUUGCCUCCUGCACAGGUGCUGGCUUAUGCAUUGCACCGUUGGGCACAUGGCGACUCCCAUCUCCAUAGCUCAUGGACAUACGGGAUGGGAAAAACGAGCGGGCUACGGGCGGUGCGUGAUGUUUCCAAAGCUAUCAUACGCUGUUUUGGAUCGGUGGUGAGGUUUGGUACGUACAAGGAGCGGCAUCGUCGGAUGCAGAAGUUCGCCGCGCUUGGUUUUCCAAACUGUUGGGGGUGCAUUGAUUGCACUCGUGUUUUCGUCGACAAACCUAAGAAGAAAGACGGAGACGACUUCAUGGGCGGUCACAAGCGAAGGUUCUCCAUCGUGGCGCAGUUGGUGUUCGAUACGGACUUGCGCAUUCUUGACCUGUGUUAUGGAUUUCCGGGUACUGUUGCCGACGGCCGAGUCCUGCGGAAUUCAUCUCUGUGGCGGAGGGCCGUGUCGGGGGAGCUGUUUUCAGCGGACCCUGACGACCCGACCAGGCACUUGCGUCCCGAAAUUCCCGGAGUCCCGGGUGGAUAYCUGCUUGCUGACGGUGGGUAUCCCACAUUGGCUUGGCUCGUGGUCCCGUAUGGCCACARCUAUGUGGACCCGCACACCAAAMUUUUCGAUAGUCGACACAAGGUUGUUCGCUCACUUGUGGAGCGGGGCAUUGGCCUCUUCAAAAUGCGGUUCCAGUAUUUCUACAGGCCGCAUGUGUGUGAUUUGAAGAUCGAGGGGGAUGAGUUUUGGGCUGCUUGUAUAGUGCACAACCUGCUUCAGGAGUGGGGUGAUCUUCCAGAGGAGUACGCGCAGCCACCAGAUGUCGGGAGUGGAACACAACCUCCGCCCAGCCGUGCGGUGGCAGGAGAGUUGCGUGCUGUGCGCCAUCUCCGGACUAGGGAGCCUGGGGUGCAGCUGUCCCUGUGGAGGAGUGAAAACAUGACAUUUACGAAGGAGAUUAAUGCAUUGAAGGACCGCAAUGAGGAGCUGCAGUGUCUGGUCGAGAAAGCGCGCGAGCAGCAUGCGUAUCUUGAGACACAACUGCAAGAUGCCAUCGCCGCCAUGGAAGAGGCGCGUGAUCAACGGGAUCUCGCAUGGCAUUGUUACGAUGAGCAAUUCGGAGAGAUGACAUCUGCUGGGCCGUGUGAUGUCGACGCCCUGGCGGAGGAUGUGAAAGUUGUCACGCUCCAGGAUGAAGAACACGUGGCGACGUGCGACAACUACAAGUCCUUGCAAACAAAAGUCGAAGACCUCGAAGCGAAGCUGGAGGGUGUGAAGUGGGUGAACGCCCUGCUGCAGGAACCGCCAUCGUUCUGGGAUGAAGUCUUUGGCUAAGAUCAGCGUCACAGCGGCAGUCUCACAU